CGUUGAAUAAUAUAUGAGUAGGAAUGUGUCUCGAUAUAGCGAGAGGAUCAUAGGUUAUUGGCAUCAGUUAGAGCCAUUAUCACCAUAAUGGCAAAUGAACGAUGGAAGAACGAUAUCGCAUACGCAAUGACUCCUUUCAAAUUGAUUACAUGGCCUAUCGGCGUCUGGCCACUUCAAGUUUAUAACAUUUAUUCACUAUUUCGUUGUAGCUUAGGCACUUGUUGUGCAAUCCUAUUUGUGAUCUUCCCUUCUAUGGAGGUAUACUUGGGCUGUACUGACGUAGAACAGAAUAUAACUUGUCUAACAACAAUCUGUUGUGGAUUGCUCGGUGUGCUGAAGUCGACAUGGUUCCGCCUAUAUGCAAAUAAUUUAAUUAACAAUUAUGACUCUGCUCUGAACGAUUAUCUGACGAUUGACAACACACACGAUCGCGACAUUAUGCGAAAACAUGCCUUUGUAGGAAGGAUUAUUUGCUGUUCCAUGUUGGGCUUUUCUUACUUUAAUUGUGUAAUAUAUGCAAUAACUCCUUUUUUGAAUUACGACCAAGGUAAAGGGAUUAAUGUAACAAACGAGGAUAAAAUAUUAGAGUAUGCACUACCGUCAAGAUGUACUCUAGAAUAUUUCAAUGUUCCAAGAAGCAUGUAUAAAAUUUCCUGCCUCAUUGAAAGUAUUGUGAUGGUAUUGGGGACUACGACUAAUCUUGGUAACGACGCUUUGUUUCUUCACAUUACAUUACAUGUUUGUGGUCAAGUAAACAUUUUGAGACUCCAUUUCAUCAAUUUUGAUGUCAUAAGUCCGCGAAUUUGUGAUCGUUUCAAGGCGCUAAUUCAAAGACAUCAACAUUUAAUAACAUUGGUCCGAGAACUUGCCGAUCUAAUCAGUUUUAUAUUGCUGAUAAAACUUUUCAUGAUCAGUAUAUUAUUAUGUGUAAUGGGAUUUCAAUUUAUCUUCGCGUUGAAAAUCAAUAACAUCGUAAUGAUAGGAAAGAGUGUAGUAGCACUGAGUCUUUUUCUGACACAAUUAACAUUGUAUAGUUUUAUUGGGAAUUAUCUGAAAUCUGAAAUGGAAGAAAUAGGACUCUCUAUUUAUCAAAGUGCUUGGUACAGUUUUCCUAGGAAAUUGGCAAGAAACGUAAUUUUUAUUCUUAUGCAGGCAAAGUCUCCAGUCGCGUUGCAAGCUGGAAAUUUCAUCGCAAUCAAUUUGUCAACUUAUGUGAGCAUCUUAAAAACCUCUUUUUCAUAUUUAUCUAUACUGCGUUUAAUGCUCGAAGUGUGAAA